AUGAUGCAUGUACAGAAAGAGCCAAGGAUGGAGAGGCAGAACGACCGCACGGACGGAGCGCCCGAAUGGGAGGUACGAGCUGAUGGGAGAAUUUUUGCGUGCCUGCUAGUGCAUCCUCCCGAUGCAACGAGCUGCGAGAAGGAAUACGCUUCAAAGCAAGGGCUCGAGAUGCAUCGCAGGCGGAUGGCCGUGCAGGAGCCAAGCCUGCCGAGCCGACGAACGGUCUCGAGAUUUUUUGGGCUCGACGAGCAGGGAGCCAAGUCGUUGAAGGCGAGCCACAACGAGACGUAUGUCGCAAACUACCGCCGCACUGCAAAGGGGAAGCUGGCAACAUUUCGUGCGAGGCAUUCGAAGGAGCUGCGGCUGCAGGCGGCGGAAAUUCUGCCGUAUCCAGCACCCCUCCCGCCGCCCGCCUAUCUGCCUCCCCCCAUCUCCUGGCUCCUGAGCAAGAGCCCGGUUCGUGCUGACGGCUUGGCGGACCUCUUUGCGGGCAUCGCAGGCGGGCUCAAGAUCGAUCAUCGGACCUGGAGUCUUCAAUAUCACCCUGACCACGUGAAGGUCAAGAACCCAACCGCCAUCGAGGCCUUUGAGAAGCAUCACGGCUACUUCAUUGACGACGAGCUUAGGUGA